CAAAUACGAGUUACGUUACAAUUGACGUAUCAUGUCUCCAUGUUAUCGCGACUGCUAUGGUAACGCAAACCUUGCAAGACGGUGAGUCAGGUGAGUGUAAUCGUCAAGAAGAGAGGUUGAGUCACUCAUUUUAUAAUUUCCUAUCUAAAUCAUACGAUUAAUGAGUAAUCUUUAAUUUAUAUUAGUGUAAUAGUAAAAAAGAUGUAAAGACUUAAUUACACGAUGGAGAAUUCGGGUUGUAUACAAGAGAAGGAUGAAUCUCAAGAAAAAGAAGAAGCCACGGAACAAGAUAAAACUGACAAAGAAAUUGACAUUAAUAAAUCGAAACUGCGCACAGGAUUGACUAAGCGAAUCGCGGAGCCACUCGACAGAAAAUCUCGAGAGAAAAAGCAUUGCGACUGGAUAAAAUCCACUUCCGACACGUACUGUCCAAAAACCAAACUUUUAAAAAGUUAUCACGUACAUCAAAAGACGUAUGACAGAUUAAAAAAAUACAUUAAAGAUGAAUCGAGGCUUUCCGAUUUACCACAAGAAUAUGAAACUUUGUCGAGGAGCACGAUGCCGAAGAAAAAGAAAAAAGACAUUGUUUCCCCUAAGGAUGAUUAUUAUAUGUCGCUAUGCCGGCGGAGAGCCGAAUUUCGUACGCAUCUGAUCAGGAAGAUCAAAGGGCUGGUGAGACACGGCGAAAGUUGGCGCGAGGGCAAAAUGGAAAUUUGCAGCGACUAUGCAAAAGAGCGGACGGCUUUAGACGACGAUAGCGUUUGCGGACGAACGGCGGCAAUUGGGGGCGACGUCGAUAUCUGGCUCACAGAGGAAGACAAGAAUCUGUUGAGGUAUUAUUACUACAUUCUUCAUGAGGUUGACGACACUCACGCAGGCACCUUAGAUUCUGACACGUUAAAGAAGAUCACGAGCAUGGUGCCCGCUGAAUGGCAGAAGAGACACAACAAGUGCUUCAAUCAAUUGAUACGGGAAUUAAAAAGUGACUAUGUUACGAAUAUGAAAAAAUCCAUCGUGGACUUUGUGCUGCAGGAACCUUUCGACGAGGCAUUCUGCGCUACGCCGUUGCCCUCCCGGGGAAUCACCGAAUUGUUGUCGCCCGAGCACAGUGCUAAAUACCAAAAAAUAAGAGCAAAAUUGGAGAGAAGAUCGAUCAUCGUGUAUCACCCGUGCAUACACAAAACUUUGGACCACUGGUAUCGCGAGUAUGGAGAGUCCAAACAAGUAGACAAACGAAAGCUGACAUCGUACGGGCAGUCGUAUGACUUUUCGAAAUUCGAUUCGAUAUUCUCAAGAAUCCUUGGAGAUACGAGCGAUAAUCUUCUCAAACGGUGGCUGCCAAAGAUCCACAAUAUUUUACUCGCGGCAUCGAAGAAAGGAAAUUUGCCACCGGUGAAUGACCCGCGAUAUAAUAGAUUCUUCAAUUGUCUUGCCUACGUCAUGGAAGAUCAAUUGCGAGACUUGUGCUUGCGUUCGAUGGAAGAUUACAUUUAUUAUCUCGUAGACGUCGGUUACACAAAUUGCGGCUUUAAUAUAGAGGUUGUGGUACGAAACACGUCCGUCAUGUUUGAUCCCACAUUUAAAGUAUUUACGAAUGGACUUAUAACGCUGUUGAAUUCUCUUUACGAUGCUGUAACAACAUUACCGCGAGCGGAGAUAAAACUUGAAACGAGCGGAGACAGUAGUUUUCCUGAAUUGCUUACGCCAGUAAUUUCUUCGAGCCUUCUUGAGCAAUAUGCAAACGUCAUAUCAAAUUUAAUUCAGCAAUAUAAAACUGAUCCGGAAAAGCAACUGCACGAGUUCGAUAAAUACAUCAGAUUGAUAAACGAAGCGGAUGUCAAAUACGUUCGGGAUUUUUUGAAGACACAACCACCUAAUCCAUAUCAGAAAUAUUGCGAACUCGUUGAUUAUUAUGAUCGAUUGAGCAAAAAUAUUCCGCUAGAGUUUCAUUGGACAUCUUUUACCGAUCUCUUUGAAGUUCGCCGACAUCAUAUUAUAAGGCAUCUCGCUUCUACAGCUGCUCAACUCAAAGACGAAUUGAUUUCAAGAAUGGUUGCCGAUUAUCAACAAAAAGUUCGAGCUAUAGGAGAUGUUUAUCAAAACAUCGCAGAUCAAGCAUUAAGUAUACCGCUCAAUACGUCAGAACUCAUGAAACUGCAAGCUUUUAUACAUAAAUCUGAAACAGAGACUGUUUUUGAAUUAGAGACUCGAUUAAAAGAAGUAAUGAAAUAUAUCAUAUUUUUAUCAGAUUAUCACCAUUUAACACCGGUCGAAUUGAAGAGCAAUAAUUUUGCUUUUCAUUGGUAUCAUACAAUGUCUGAAAUUUUCGAAAAGCAUCGAGAGAUAAUUGCAAGUAAAACGGGCGAGUAUCAAGCAACACUCAAAGAUAGAAUCGAAAAAUUUGAACAGGAUCUUCAGAUUUAUGAAAAAUAUUGCAAUGAGUUGCAAUACUGGGGAAAUAUCGAAGAGAUACAACGAUACAAAAAGAAAGCAACGAGUCUCGAUAAAAAAUUGAUUGCUGCUAUGGAUACAAUCGUAGAAUUCAACGACGAGGAGAGAUUAUUCGGUUGGGAGAUGUCACAAUAUCCCUUAAGAAAAAAGAUAGCCGAUAAAUUGGCACCCUAUAAAAAAUUCUAUGACAUUGCCUGCGAAUUUUUAACUAACUACGAAAACUGGAUCGAAGCUAUGAUAGGCUCAUACGAUCCCGAAGAGAUCGAGAACGAAACGGGCGUUGCAUAUCGCUUGAUAUUUAAAUUAGAAAAGACUUUUCAAGAACCCGCAGUGAAGAAAUUAGCAGAAAUCGUAAGAAUGAAAAUUGAAGAUUUUAAAGAGCAUAUGCCGGUGAUACUGACUCUUGGCAAUCCUUCCCUGAAAAGUCGUCAUUGGGAGCAGGUUUCGGAAAUUGUUGGGUUUCCGAUAAAAGUCGAUCAAUACAUGACGUUGGCCAAGAUUCUCGACUACGGUCUAGGCGACUACGUCGUGAAAUUUGAUGUCAUAUCCGAAGCGGCCACUAAAGAGGGUAAUUUGGAAAGGGCUUUAUUCAAAAUGUAUUCCGAUUGGGCGGAUAUCGCGUUUAUCGUCAAUCUUUAUCGCGACACCGGCACAUAUGUCAUUGCCAGUGUGGAAGAGAUACAGUUGUUGCUCGACGAUCAUCUAACAAAAGCACAAACUAUGAAAAAUUCUCUUUAUAUAAAGCCCUUUGAGAAAGAAACCCUAGAAUGGGAAGCCAAAUUACUAUUGUUACAAGAUAUUAUGGAUUAUUGGCUCAAGGUUCAAGCGACGUGGAUGUAUCUUGAACCAAUCUUCUCAUCGCCCGAUAUACAGCAACAGAUGCCAGAGGAGAAUCGACGCUUUACCGCCGUAGAUAAAAUCUGGAGGGAACUUAUGACAAUCGUUGCGGUUAAUCCAGCAGUCAUGAUCGUCGUCAAUAUCGACAAGAUGCUGGACCGUUUGAAAAAAUGUACCCACUUACUUGAGUUGGUGCAAAAAGGACUUGCCGCUUAUUUAGAGAAAAAGAGGCUUUUCUUUCCGCGAUUUUUCUUCCUCUCUAACGACGAACUUUUAGAAAUCUUGUCCGAGACAAAGGAUCCUACGCGUGUACAGCCGCAUUUGAAAAAGUGCUUCGAGGGCAUUGCAAAAUUAAAUUUCACCGAUGCCAUGGAAGCCACAGCUAUGAUGUCAUCUGAAGAGGAGCAGAUUAUUCUCGAGGACAUAAUCGAUACGACUGCUGCACGAGGACAAGUGGAAAAGUGGCUCCUUGAACUUGAAACUGAUAUGAAAAAAAGCGUAAAGGCUCAGGUGAUACGAGCCAGAAAUGCUUUCCCGACUAAAGCUAGGAGUAAAUGGGCUCUGGAAUGGCCGGGGCAGACCGUCCUCUGCAUUAGCAAACUAUAUUGGACGGCAGAUGUUACCAAUAAGCUUCCGGAGGGCUCCGAAAGUUUAAGAAAUUACGUGGAAACGUGCACAUAUGAACUUAAUGAAAUCGUCACGAUCAUCCGCGGGAAAUUGUCAACGCAAAAUCGAACGACUUUAGAAGCAUUAGUAACCCUAGAUGUUCAUAGUCGUGAUGUAUUGGUGCAGCUAUGUGAGCAACUUGUAAAUCAAAUCACUGAUUUUAAGUGGCUUUGCCAAUUGAGAUACUAUUGGCUAGACGAGAAUUUGUACACGAUGAUGAUAAACUCUAAGCUAGGGUAUGCAUACGAGUAUCUAGGCAAUACGUCGCGAUUAGUGAUAACGCCACUCACCGAUCGAUGCUAUCGCACCUUGUUCGGUGCUCUCAACCAGCAUCUCGGUGGCGCUCCGGAAGGACCCGCAGGGACAGGAAAGACCGAGACUACCAAAGACUUGGCGAAAGCAGUCGCCAAGCAAUGCGUCGUAUUCAAUUGCUCGGAGGGACUAGAUUAUAUCGCCCUUGGCAAAUUUUUCAAAGGAUUAGCUAGCACGGGUGCGUGGUCUUGUUUCGACGAGUUCAACCGCAUUGAUCUAGAAGUGCUGUCAGUAGUAGCGCAACAGAUACUGAUUAUUCAACGAGCUAUACAGGCAGGGAAGGAGAUCUUGGUAUUCGAGGAAACCGAAUUGAAGCUAGACCGUACUUGUGCGGUAUUUACCACGAUGAAUCCGGGAUACGCUGGCAGAACAGAGUUGCCGGACAAUUUGAAAGCUUUAUUCCGACCGGUGGCUAUGAUGGUGCCGGAUUACGCCUUAAUAUCGGAGAACAUUCUGUACUCAUAUGGAUUUUACAAUGCCAGGCCUCUGUCCGUUAAAAUAGUUAUGGCUUAUAAAUUAUGCUCGGAGCAACUGUCCAGCCAAAAUCAUUACGACUACGGUAUGCGAGCGGUGAAGUCUGUCUUAAUAGCGGCGGGACACUUGAAAUUGAAGUAUCCGGAAGAAAACGAGGAUAUUUUAAUCCUGCGCAGUAUCAAGGACGUGAAUUUGCCAAAGUUCCUUAGCGAAGAUAUACCGCUGUUUCACGGUAUCGUCUCGGAUCUCUUUCCAAACGUGCAACUUCCUGAGCCGGACUAUGUGCACUUGAACGCGUCCGCACGUAAAGCGUGCGCCGAUGCGAACAUUCAGUGCGUGCCGGUGUUUUUAGAGAAAAUCCAGCAAAUAUACGAGAUGAUGUUGGUCAGGCAUGGAUUCAUGAUCGUCGGGUAUCCCUUCGCCGGCAAGACUACGGCCUACAGGAUGCUAGCUGACGCACUCGAAAUUUGCGAAAAAAAUAAUUUAAUAAACGAGCGCAAGGUGGAGAUAACGGUGAUCAAUCCGAAGGCGAUAACUCUGGGACAGUUGUACGGGCAAUUCGAUCCAGCGUCCCACGAAUGGAACGAUGGUAUUUUGGCUAUUAGCUAUCGGGCUUUUGCAACUUCAACGAAUGACAAUCGAAAGUGGUUGGUCUUCGAUGGCCCAAUAGACUCGUUCUGGAUAGAGAGUAUGAACACCGUUCUUGACGACAACAAAAAGUUGUGCCUGAUGAGCGGGGAGAUUAUUCAGCUAGCGCCGACGACUAAUUUGAUAUUCGAGCCAUUGGAUCUGGAAGCUGCUUCACCAGCCACUGUAUCUCGCUGCGGAAUGAUUUAUAUGGAGCCUGGGGCGUUGGGAUGGGAGCCCUUAUUAAAUUCUUGGAUAGCCAAAUUACCAGAAGUGAUAGAUGAAUGGCUACGAGUCUUCCUGUACGAAUCGCUAUUCCUUAGGUUUUGUAAACCCCUUUUUCAUCUUUUACGCCGGUGCAAUGUAAAGGAAAUAUGUCCAAUGCCUGAUUCAAAUCUCUUACGAUCCGUCACUUAUCUCAUGGAUUGUUUCUUAGAUGAUUAUUAUAAUGAAGAAGUAGUAAAAAAUAUAAGCGAACUUGAUCUUCGAGCACAGAUAGAAGGUUCGUUUUUCUUCUCGUGCAUCUGGGCAAUGGGAGGCACUUUGGAAGCCAAAUGUAGAGAACCAUUUAGCAUUCUAUUCCAUGGGCUUCUGGAAAGAGAAUUUCCACUUGCACUAAUGAACACAUUUCAGUUACAAGAAUCGGUUCCGCCACCUUUAAAACCCUACAUAUUUAUUAUGCCGAAGCACAAUCUGGUAUUCGAUUACAGAUUUAUUAAGGAGGGCAAAGGAAAGUGGAAAUUAUGGUCGGACGAGUUAAUGUUGGCGCCGCCGAUUCCCCGCGAUAUUCCUGUCAAUCAAAUAAUCGUGCCAACCGUAGAAACGAUACGGUACACGGCGCUUUUUCAGAUGCUGGUACAACACGAGAAGCCGGUGCUCUUUGUAGGUCCGACAGGCACCGGAAAAUCGGUGUACAUAAUAGAUUUCUUAUUGAAGAAGAACAACGCCGCGGUGAAUAAGCCCUUACUGAUUACCUUUUCCGCACAAACCACUGCUAAUCAGACGCAAGAUAUUAUUCUGAGCAAGUUAGAUCGCAGGCGUAAGGGCGUUUAUGGCCCUCCUAUAGGUAAACGAUGGAUCGUCUUUGUCGAUGACGUCUCGAUGCCGCUGAAAGAAACGUUUGGGGCACAACCGCCUAUAGAAUUAUUACGACAAUGGUUGGAUCAUUGGCAAUGGUACGAUAGAAGGGAAGAGGCAUUAAUAAAAUUGAUCGAGAUUCAACUAAUGUGCGCAAUGUCUCCACCAGUCGCCGGCAAAGACGUUACACCGCGAUUUAAACGACACUUCGUCGUUCUGGCAAUAUCUGAAUUCGAGGAUGACGUUAUGAUCACGAUAUUUAGUAAGAUUGUUCUGUGGCAUCUCGAUACGAGGGGUUUUAGCAAAGAAUUUGAUCCAUGCAUCGAUCAAAUUGUUCUAGCAACAUUAGACAUAUACAAAGAGAGUUUGUGCAAUCUACUACCGACACCUGCGAAAUCCCAUUACAUGUUUAAUCUUCGUGAUUUUUCUAAAGUUAUCCAGGGAGUGCUUUUAUCAGUCCCGGAAACUAUGCCUGCACUUUCGAAUAUGAAACGAUUAUGGGUUCACGAGAUACUGCGUGUAUUUGGUGAUCGUUUAAUCGAUGAAGUCAACGUCAAUUGGCUGAUACAGCAAAUAAGUGUGACAUUGAAGACCCGUAUGGAAGUCUCAUUGGAUGAUCUCUUCAAAGAUCUGCUUCCAGAGAAAAAGCAAUAUAUAAAAAAAAUCACCAUGAACGAAUUGCGAAAUCUGAUAUUUUGCGAUUUUGCCAAAGUGGACAUUCGAUUGUAUCAAGAAGUUAGUGAUCUAGAACAAUUGCGAGAGAUCGUGGAAACCUAUCUUUCCGAGUAUAAUUCGAUGACAAAGAAGCCUAUGAAUCUGGUGUUGUUUCGGUACGCGAUCGAGCAUCUAUCGAGGAUAGCCCGUAUCAUCAAGCAACCACGAAGUCAUGCUCUUCUCGUCGGAGUCGGUGGUUCUGGAAGGCAGUCUUUAACCAGAUUGGCAUCGCACAUUUGCGACUACGACGUGUUUCAGGUCGAACUUACGCAACAAUACGGCCAGCGCGAGUGGUACGAGGAUAUUAAAACCAUCCUGAGAAAAGUCACCGCUACCGAAUUGCACUCGACUUUUCUCUUCAGCGACACGCAGAUUAAGGAGGAAACCUUUUUGGAAGAUAUCAGCAAUAUGCUUAAUUCAGGAGAAGUUCCUAACAUAUUCACGACCGAUGAGAAGGUUGAGAUAUGCGAGAAAAUGCGACUGAUUGAUCGACAACGAGAACGAGCGUUACAAACGGACGGUAGCCCUGCGGCGCUCUUUAAUCUGUUCGUACAAAUCUGUCGCGAUCAGUUACAUAUUGUUGUCACUAUGUCUCCCAUCGGCGACGCUUUUAGAAAUCGAAUUAGGAAAUUCCCGGCUUUAGUUAAUUGUUGCACCAUAGAUUGGCUUCAGCCAUGGCCUGAAGAUGCGCUGUUGGCUGUCGCGACCAAAUUCUUGUCUACGGUCGAACUUACAGAUCACGAAAGAAAAGUCGGUAUUGACAUGUGUCAAGUCUUCCACGUAUCCACGCAAAAAUUAAGUAGCGAAUUCUUGAUUCGUUUGAAUAGGCGCAAUUAUGUGACGCCUACGUCUUAUCUCGAAAUGAUCAAGACUUUUCAGACCUUACUCGACAAAAAGCGUGGAGAAGUACUGCACACUAAGGCUCGAUAUGAGGGUGGCCUAGGACAAUUAGACAGCACGCAGCAUCAGGUCACAGAAAUGCAGAAUACGUUAAAGCUACUGCAACCAAAAUUGAUUGCGGCUACGCAGGAUAUCCAGCGGAUGCUGGCUGACGUAGAAAAAGAAAGUCAGGAAGUCGCCGAGUUUGAGAAAGUGGUCAAAGUCGAUGAAACCGCGGCUGAAGUAAUCGCAAAUGAAGCUGCAGUGAUAAGAGCCGAAUGCGAUGCUGAUUUGGCCGAAGCUAUGCCUAUAUUGAAUCGAGCCCAAGAAGCGUUGAACACGUUAACAUUGGCAGAUAUCGCGAUAGUUAAAGCAAUGAAGCAUCCGCCAUAUGGCGUGAAACUCAUUGUGGAGAGUGUUUGCGUUCUCAAGCAAAUAAAACCAGAAAGAGUGCUGACAAAGGAGGGCGCCUACACCGAUGAUUAUUGGAAGGCCGCCUUGAGGAUGCUCAGCGACGUUAAAUUUUUAGACUCGCUACUUAAUUUUGAUAAGGACAACAUACCAGAAAAGGUAAUAGAAACAAUACGAAAAGAGUAUCUGACCAAUCCGGCCUUCGAUCCAGAGAAGAUCAAGAAAGUGUCGACAGCCUGCGAAGGAUUAUGUCGUUGGGUUAUCGCAAUGUCCGAGUACGAUAUAAUCGCGAAGAUAGUUGCUCCUAAAAAACGAGCUCUGGCGCGAGCCGAGGCUGUUUAUAAUGAUGCUGUAGAAAAGUUAAACAUGAAGAGAGAACAAUUGCGCCAAGUGCAGAAAAAGUUAUUGGAUCUUCAAGAAACUCUAAACAAAAGGAAAGUGGAAUUUCAAGUGAUGUCGGAUCAGGUGGCGGAUUGUGAGAUGAAGUUAAAGCGAGCCGAAGAUCUCAUUGGGGGUUUAGGCGGAGAAUAUACACGUUGGUCUCAAACUGCAGAGGAACUGGGCGACAAAUAUUAUCGGUUAACGGGAGAUGUGCUAAUCGCUUCCGGCAUAGUGGCUUACUUGGGCCCGUUUACCAUGCCAUUUCGUGUGCAGCAGAUAAGCGAAUGGGUACAACUGUGUUCGGAUAUGCAAAUGAUUUGCACCUACGAUUUCUAUCUGCGUGACGUACUCGGCGAUCCCGUUUUGAUUAGAUCUUGGAACAUCGCCGGGUUGCCCGCCGAUGCAUUUUCUAUCGACAACGGAAUUAUCGUUACAAAUGCCAGAAGGUGGCCUCUGAUGAUAGAUCCACAAGGCCAAGCUAAUAAAUGGAUAAGAAAUAUGGAGAGAAGAAACAAUAUAAGCAUUAUUCGAUUGAGCCAACUUGAUUACGUGAGGGUCUUGGAAAACGCGAUACAAUUUGGACAACCGGUAUUGUUGGAAAACAUAGAAGAGGAAUUAGACGCCAUUCUUGAACCGAUACUUCUCAAACAGACGUUCAAGCAUGCUGGUGCAUUAUGUAUAAAGUUGGGCGAUGCCGUGGUAGAAUAUAAUAAUAGUUUUAGGCUUUACAUCACGACUAAGUUAAGAAAUCCUCAUUAUUUGCCGGAAAUAACUGUAAGAGUAACUCUGUUGAAUUUCAUGAUAACACCGAGUGGUCUGGAAGAUCAGUUGCUCGGUAUUGUAGUCGCGAGGGAAAGACCCGACUUGGAAUCGGAAAAGAAUGUUUUGAUUGUGCAAAGUGCCGCGAACAAAAAGAUGUUGAAGGAGACAGAAGAUAAAAUUUUAGAGGUACUCUCCGUAGCGAAAGGUAAUAUUUUGGAGGACGAGGAAGCUAUCGACAUUUUAAUGGUGUCUAAGAAUUUGAGCGACGAUAUUCAGGUGAAGCAAGCGGCCACGGAAGCUACAGAAAGAUCGAUCGACGCUGCGAGAUCACAAUAUCAACCCAUCGCGGCCUAUUCGACCAUACUUUUCUUCACGAUAGCGUCUCUAGCUAACAUAGAUCCAAUGUAUCAAUAUUCAUUGAUAUGGUUUGUGAAUCUUUUUAAUAUGGCUAUCGAUAACACGGAACCAACCGAUAAAAUCGAACAACGUUUGAAGGACCUGACUAAAUACUUUACAUAUUCCCUUUACGUUAACAUCUGCAGAUCUCUAUUUGAAAAGGAUAAACUAUUGUUCACGCUACUUCUCGUUUUCAAUCUGCGCGAAACAAGGGAUACCCCGGAAACUGCGAGUCAAUGGUUGUUUCUGUUAACCGGCGGAAUAGGUUUGGAGAAUCCGUACGCUAAUCCUACCGAGUGGCUGCUCGUCAAACAUUGGGAUGAACUGUGCAGGCUGGAUAACGUCAAAGGAUUCGAAGGGAUCAGAGAAUCAUUCUCCAAAGCUGUUGACGAGUGGAAGAAGAUAUUCGACUCGAGAGAACCGCAGAAAGAGGUUUUCCCAGCACCCUACAAUAACUUGAAUUUAUUCGAACGAUUGAUAAUUCUACGAUGUAUCCGUCCCGAUAAAAUUAUCCCAGCGGUACAAUUGCUCGUGGAAGAACAACUGGGCGCGCAAUACAUGGAAGUACCACCUUUCGACUUGGUAUCCUCUUUCGCGGAUUCCAACUGUUGUAUUCCAUUGAUAUUCGUCCUGACUCCCGGUGCCGAUCCGGCACAAACCUUAUUGACGUUUGCCGAUGAACAAGGCUACGGCGCGGAACGACUUUUUUAUUUAUCGCUCGGUCAAGGGCAAGGACCAAUAGCGGAAGGAUUAAUAAAGGACGGUGUGUUGCACGGUAACUGGGUGGUAUUGCAAAACUGUCAUCUGGCCAAGAGCUGGAUGCCAACUUUGGAGAAGAUAUGCGAAGGCCUGAUACCCGAUGUGAUUCACCCUGACUUCCGAUUAUGGUUGACUAGUUAUCCGGCGGAACACUUUCCCAUAUCAGUUCUCCAGAACGGCAUUAAGAUUACGAACGAGCCACCUAAAGGACUCAGGGCUAACGUUUUGAGAUCCUAUGCGAGUGAUCCGAUCAGUAAUUCGGAGUUCUUCGAGGGUUGCGUUCAGAGCGAGUACUUUAAGAAGCUUUUGUACUCGUUAUGCUUCUUCCAUGCUAUCGUACAAGAGAGACGGAAGUUCGGCCCGAUCGGGUGGAACAUUCCGUAUGAAUUCAACGAAACCGAUCUGAGGAUUAGUGCUAUGCAAUUAAAAAUGUUCCUGGAUGAUUACAAGGAUGUGCAAUUCGACGCUUUAAUGUAUCUCACGGGUGAAUGCAACUAUGGAGGCAGAGUUACAGACGAAUGGGAUCGUAGAACAUUAAAUACUAUCUUAUCGAAGUUCUAUUGUCCGGAACUAUUGGCCGAUGAAAUAUAUUACUUUGACACAUCGUCUACUAUUUAUUACUGUCCAAUCGCCAGAGAAUACGAAGAAUAUGUUGCAUACACGAGGAAACUUCCGAUAAUUACAGAACCCAGUGUAUUUGGCAUGAAUGACAAUGCUGACAUUCUUAAAGAUCAGCGAGAUACAGACCUGCUAUUCACUUCGUUGCUACUCACUCAGGAUCGGACGGAUCUUUGGAAAAUUGAGGAAGCUGUUAAAUCCGGUGUGAGACAGACCUCAGACGAUGAGAUAGUUUAUGAUGUCGCGACAGAAAUCUUGAGCAAGCUUCCAAACGAUUAUGAUCUCAAUGCAGCACUUGUUAAAUAUCCUACGUUAUACAGUCAAAGCAUGAACACUGUAUUAGUGCAAGAGAUGGAUAGAUUUAACAAAUUAUUACGCUGUAUCAGGAAUAGCCUUAUCAAUGUACAAAAAGCCAUUAAAGGUUUGAUCAUAAUGUCCUUCGAGCUUGAAGAUAUUUAUGAAGCAAUCUUAACUAGCAAAUUACCUCGUUUGUGGAAAACAAAUUCUUACCCCUCCUUAAAACCCUUGGGCAGUUAUAUCAAUGACUUUUUACAACGUUUGGCAUUUUUACAGAAAUGGUAUGAAAAGGGACCACCGAUUACAUUCUGGUUAUCUGGAUUUUAUUUCACACAAGCGUUUCUAACUGGGAUACUGCAAAAUUAUGCGCGAAAGUAUCAGAUCCCUAUAGAUCUUCUCGCGUUUGAUUUCAAAAUUUUGAAAGAAACUGUCUUCACAAUCGCGCCCGAGGAUGGUGUCUACAUUUAUGGAUUAUUUUUGGACGGCGCAAGAUUCGAUAUAAUGAAAAUGUGCAUAGAGGAAAGCUUUCCUAAAGUACUUUAUGACAAUGUCCCAUUUCUGAUGUUGAUACCGAUGAAGAGGCAGGAUAUCGAAGAAAGACGAUCAUACGUUUGUCCGCUCUAUAAAACUAGUGAACGUCGCGGAGUAUUAUCCACCACUGGCCACUCCACAAAUUUCGUUAUAGCUAUACGAUUGCCCACAGAGAAGCCACCUGAACAUUGGAUUAUAAGAGGAGCAGCUUUGCUUUGUCAACUCAGUGAAUAA